AUGCCUCCCAAGGGCAAGUUGAAGAACGCACCGAACCAGCACGACAAGCGCCACGAAACCGGCCUCGCGCAGCCGGGCAAGCGAGUGGUCAAGUCCGCCUCGAAUGGGCAGCCCGUCGCGGCACACGCAAAUGGCAAGAUCGCCUCCACCCUUCCACCGUCCACUACUCUCCUCCCCGCGACUGCUCUAGCUCAACAAUCUUCCGCUCACCCCGCCCUCACCCCCGACUCCUCCGACCCCGGCGACUUCACGCCGGACCAUGCGACAACCCCGGAGGACACGGAAAGAGAAAGUGUGGCUGCAGAUCCGCCGCCCGAUGAUGCGGGUUCCGGUGUCGAUAUGGGUGACGUACAAUCCGAGCCAGCACAUGCUGCCACGCCCGCCGAGGCGACUGCUCCAGAAGUGCGAAGGGACACGUACUCCAGCACUACUGCAGUGACCCCUCCCGCCGUCUCGACACUACUGCCUUACUAUCCACUACGCGACGCCAUCGCCCUCCUCAUCCUCCUGCUGUCUCUGCCCCCCACCCUGGUCCUCGUCAUUCAGACCCUCUUCGCUUCCCUCACCUUCGUCCCUCCCACCGCCAGCAUCUCGAUCGCCACCCUGCCCAACAUCAAGGAGAUGUUCAACUCCUCCAACUUCGGCUAUCCCGCCAUGGCCACCAUCCUGAUCGUCGACUUGAUCUUCUGGGUAUGCUGGCUGCCCGUGUGGAAGCCGAUCCAAAACAUCUUCCUCGACCUGUCGCAAGCUGUCAUCGCCAUCUCCCUCAGCGGCGCUGCUGCCGGCACCGGCGGGCCGACGUACAGCAUUGCCACCUGCACCGCCAUUGUCUGUGCCGUGCACGUGCUGCGGUAUAAAGCAAUCCAUCUUACCGCCCUGGACUACCUUCGAUCCGUCCUGCACAAAGCAGCCCUCGACAUGCAAUUUGACGUUCCGCUGUUUGUUUCAAACAUCACCUCCCCACCGUCCGUCGAUAGAGGAUGGUUCCACACCAUCGUUCACACCAUCCUUGGCAUUCACAUUGUUUCACAAGGCGUCACCACCUGCGUUCGUCGCAUUCUCGUCCAGGCCAACCAGCAGAGCGCAGGCGUUCCGGCCAUUACCAAGUCCGAUGCCGAGGCCGUCGUCGGCUCCGAAUCGAACACUCGCAGCGGAAGCGUCGGUGCAGAAGCCGCUCCGUACCACAACACUGCGCAGACUCUCGAUGCGACUCAGAACAAGUCGCUGUCUACUCAUCGCGACGGCAAGAUUCGCGAGUCGGCGACCAAGAAGAAACGCAAGCAAGCCAAUCAGGUUAGGAGCCAGCAACCGCUCUGGGCCGCCAUCGCCAGCACAAAAGUUACCUUUGUCAAGGAAAUGGAGCACCGGGAUGCUUUUGAUGACGCACGCGAAGCUGCGAGGAUGCAGUCGGAUUCCGGCACCAUUCCCAGUCACUCCACUCAGACCACAGGCCGAAUCUGGGUCUGCGAAGUCCGCGACACCGAAAUUCUCUUCAGCGUUGAGGUUCCCCGCACCACUACCCAGUGGACGGGGCAAGAGGCGGAGGAUGCAAGCAGUCAAGCCGCGGGCAUUGACAAAUCGAAGCCAUUCUACAUCCGAGUCAACGGUGCAGCGUGGAGAUCCGUCCGAAUCUCGUCAAACACGGUCAAUGAUGCGUUUGCGGCCGAUGAUGACCGGUAUGAUGGCGAGAUCUUCGGCCUGGCGCCCUUGAGUAGCUAUUGCUGUGAGAUUGUCAGCGCAGCGACACAUCAAGUCCUCUGCUGCGCCAGCAUGAUCACCCAAGCCGCACCCACCGAUGAGCAAGCCGCAACAGCAUCUUCACAAGCACCACACCAAGCCUUCCGGCCAUCUUCGCCGACCACCACCCUCAAGCAAUCGAUCCAGCAAGCCGAAGCGAAGCUCAACGAAACCCGCAAUCGCACGCGAAAGAAUAAGAAAGACCAACGUGCAAUGCAUUCCGAUAUCAAGCGGGAAAUUCACACGCUUCGAAGCAAGCUCGAAAGCUCCGGCGGGACGGAUGACAAGCAGGAACGGAGGUUGAUGCAGAUUACCCAGCACAAGAACCAGGCUGAAGAGGCCGCUGCUGAGAUUAAGCAACAGAUCGAGGCUUUGGGAGUCAUUCCGGAGGAUACGAUUACUGAGUCGGAGGGCAAGCGGAGGAAAUGGCAAGCUGCGUUGGAUGCGAAAGACGCCGCCAGCAAAGCCUUCGAUCGGGCUCGCAACGAGGCCGAUCGUGAGACCAGCGCGCUCAAGUCCGAGAUCAGCCAGACCGAGUCGAAGCUCGAGAGGGUCGCUGCUCGUCUCACCCAGCGCACGCAGGAAUUCGAUGCCCUGGUGUCGAAGCAACAAGCCGACUCGAGCGCGAAGCAGAGACGGGAGGUGGAGCGAGCGCAGACCGUGCAGCGCCGCGAAGACGAAGAGAGCCAAUUCCGGCACCAUAUCGCCACGUUUGAAAUGGAGUUGGCAAGCGUGCAGCAGAAAGCGCAGGACGCCUAUCAGGAGAUUGCCUCUCUGCAAAGCUGGCCGACUUCCUCGCAAAACGCGGCGUAUGCCACCGGCUACUCCUCGCCUCCCACACCCGACAACGCCUUCCCUCACACUGCUCGCAACGGCUCGAUCUCCAGUCCACAUCAACUCAAUGGCUUCCCCGCCAACCAAUUCGGCCCUCACCCUCCUGCGCACUCAUACCAGACUCCUCACCACUCCGCGCACCCCUCCUUCUCCAUCAACAACACCCACCAGCAAGCCGGCGCCGCCGCUCGUGGCCGCAGCUCCUCAAUGCUUAGCCAGUACUCCGGCUUCACGGACAACGGCGACGAGUACGCCUUUGCCCCGGAGCACCUACACCAGCAGCAGCAUCAGCCGCAUCAACAGCCGCACAUCCGCGCGCCGCACUACAGCUCGCCUCCCACCGCCGCCGCCGUGGAAAAUACACAUGCUGUCCUGGGCGCGGAUCGCUCGGGUUCAGCGUCGGUGGCGAGUGGCAGUGCCGGCUCGAAUAGUCCUCGUCCGUCGGAUGCGCGGCCGCCUUUUGCUGUCAAGCCUAUUGGACCGCCGGGCAAGGGAAAGGAGAAGAUGGGGAUGUGGCAUGUUGAGAACAGUAGUGGGGCGCCAUGA